CCCAUUAGAAGGGCAAACAAAAAGAGAGAGAGAGAGAGAGAGAGAGAGAGAGAGAGAGAGAGAGAGAGAUCUCAGGAAGCGUGCAAGAAAGAAGAGGCAUUUUAGAACAAGAAUUAUCUCCCACGAUUCAAAAAUCAAAACCCAUAUUCCUAGUUUCUUUCACGCAUCGAAUAACCCCUUCACUCGUCAUCCCCAUUGAAAUCCGAAACAUUCUGCGACACAGAUCCCACUCGGCCUCAUCACCCUCGACAAGAAGAAGAAAGCAAGCACGCAGUGAAUACCCAAAAUCCUAUGAUACCCUCCCUGGUUUCUUAAAUUGCAUAGCCUGCUCGGUUUCCCGCAUUCAAUGCUACAAUUUACAAAAUAUAGGAAAUUGUAUUGUGGGUAUUGAAGCGGUUUUGAAGUCCAAUUGUGGGUUCUUGAGAAUUCGAAGCUUUUGUUUCUGUUAGGGGUUGGAAUACGAAGAACCCCAGAUGUGUUGUUCAGAAUAUUCGUUUUGAGGAUCCCUGUUUCUUUUCCGCGGCACUAAUCCGUUAGGAAUUGGUUCUUUUUCCAUGAUCUUGUGCCAAUCAAUUCGUGCGUUCUGUGAUUUGAAGUGACAGUUCUGUCGCAUUUAAUUUUGAUACAUUUGAAUCUUGGAGGUUAUAAGUGGAGUAUCUGAGUGUAACGCUGUAAAGUUUUCUGGGUAAUUGAAAUUCUUGAUAAAUUUCGAGUUAGAAGAGUUUUUUUCCUUUCUGUAAUCCAUGCCUUUUGCUUAGUUUUAACUUGUGCUACUAUGUCGGGGGGAACACCCGUAGCGGGUGGUUAUAUGAGGCAGAGGCAUAGCCAGGGAUAUGCAUCUAGUGGUGAUGAUAUUGAGGAUGAUGCAUGUUCAAGGUUUCAAACCAUGUCGUUUCAAACUCCAAAGAGUCGGACGUGGAUUGAAGUUGUAGAGAAUAUCCUUUGGCUUGCUUCUGCUGCUUUCAUUGUAUACUAUGGCGAUAGGUACUCCAAUAUGAUAUAUCUCUUGUGGCAUGAUGGCCGAAUAAGAAGACCUCCUUUAUACUUCGGAAUGGUGGGUAUCGGUUUGAAUGCUGUCAUCUUCAUUUACACAAGUAUGUCAGCCUGGAGUAUUAGAAGGUUUGAUGAAAAAUGGGAACUAGCAAGCUUAUCAGUUUUACCAAUUGUAACACUUCUGGGGCUUAUCUCCUUUUGCUUGUUGUCAUUUGCUCUCUGGCCAAUAUGGGGUUUCCUGACCAUUCCCCUUCUGUUCACUAUGUUCAUGGCAUUCAUGGUUGUAUUUCCCAAUAUAAUGAUCGGGAAAUUCUGGCCUCAGAGUGGUGUACACCGUAUAGAUUGACUUUCACUUGUUCAAAGUGAUGCAUAGAUUCAAAGAUUGAUUUUAAAAAACAGAUGAUUGGUUGGACUGGCUUGAGAUGAAACAAGGUUCUUUGGAUACCAUGAUUCUCCGUAACCCAACUGCCCUUGCUUCAGUCAACUCAAAUUCCGACUUUGCCAGAAUGAUUCACGAUUAUGGUACAACGGGCGUUCCUUAUUUUGGUAUGACCACAACCGGACCACAAUUCUCUUAUCAUUACAUCUUCUGUUAGCAAAGUCCAUUUACUUUGUUACAUUGUUUAGUUGCCUCAUUUUUUCAUUCGAAAGUAGUUAGCAUCUUCUUUGGUGAUAAAUUUGUUUGUGUUUGUAAGCUGACGUCACUUCACUGGUAUCCUUAGCACAAGGAAAAGAUAGAGAACAUGAAAUGGGUGAGGAGUUUGGUAGGACUGUAAAGUUUUGGGAAAUACUGUUUCAGUGAAGUUGCUUUAAUGAAUGAACAACUGGGCAUGUUUCUUGCUUAA